GUUUCACUUCAAAAUGUCCAGACGAGCACAGCCAACUAUUGAGGACGAGUUCGAUGAUGACACGGACCUCCCGCUGCCAGCAAGAUCCUUACCAGAUCCCGGAUCCAAGGGCGCGCUCGUUCAAGCCAUCGAUUCCGACUCUGACGAUGAUCAAAGCGACACCGAAGUUAACAUCAGCAAUCCCGGACCUGCAAGUCCAUCGCAAUUACCAGAGGGGUUUGCUGGAUCUCCACAAGCAUCACGAGGCACUGUGACAGACUUGACACCAUACAAGAAGUGGACAUGUAUUUAUCCAAUCUAUAUCGAUGCUAAGCGAAGAUAUGGGACAGGCUCUCGACGUGUUGCACGACCGAAAGCCGUCUGGUGGCCCCUCAGCAAGGACAUUGCAGAAGCAACGACACGACUUGGACUCGGCACACUUCAUGAAGUACAGAAGAGCCAUCCAAGUGAUUGGGACAAUCCGGGACGCGUGCGUGUACAGUGGAAGCGGGAUGGACACUUUGUCAAUUCUCGCAUAAAGACGAAGAAGCAGCUACUUGAGGCAAUCGCAUUCUACAUUCAAACUGUCAAACCCGAGCUCAUCCCGAAACCACCAUUCAGUACGGAUACUGUCGAGGAAGCAGAAUCGGGAAAUGUUUCGAGCAAGCAAGCACCACCACCAAAGACGAGAUCAAAAGCUAAAGGAAAGGGAAAAGACAAGACCGCUCAGCAACCACCACGAAAACGCCUACCUCAUCCCCCCAUUCCACGGCCGCCCCUCGCAAGUAGCGUUUCCGCUUAUUCUCCGGCAUUGCCAUCCGGUGUGCUUGUCGAGACUAUCAAGGCUGGCAUGAACGCUGCUGCCGCCGAAAAUGCCGCUGCGCCUGCUGGAUCCGGGAAGGGCAAAAGGAAAGUAGUGAGAGUGAGAGGAUGAGUGUAAAGUAGCAUCAAGAGAUUGCUUUGUAACUUUCUUCGUUUUCUAUCCCGCGUUUGUUUUUUUGCCAAAAGGCAUUGCAUUCGGCAUCCGUUGGUGAGAGACCCAUUCUGCUCAUUUUGCCUUCCUUCGCGAUUACUGCAGUAGUCUUGUCAGAAGGUAAUCUUUCUAGAGUCUACAUGGCAAGGCUU